UACUUUUCUAGGUUUUUAUCAGGGUUUUGCUCAUCUCUUACAAAAGCUUGUUCCCUCAUUCUGCAGCUCUCCUCCUCCUCUUCAGGUGUCAUCUGUACGUAAACAAACACAGCCAUGGGAAAGAAGAGAAAGCAUAGUGAGACACAGGUCAUUGAACCUGCAAAGAAAGAUGAAAGUGAAACAGAGAGACCUAAAAGGACACUCUUGGGUUGGAAAGAUAAACCUGAAGAGAAAGAGACUGAAUCCCUAACUCAUCAGGGUGGUUUUAGAAAUAAAGAGAAAGUCUUAGUUACUUGUUCGAGGCGUAUUAAUUUCAGGUAUAGGCACUUGAUGUUGAAUCUGGUGUCACUUGUGCCACAUUGUAAGAAGGAUAGUAAGGUUGAGUCUACAAGUAGUAAAGGCGCAACAUUGAAUGAGCUUGUUGAGUUGAAGAAUUGUUCUUCUUCUUUGUUCUUUGAGUGCCGGAAACAUAAAGAUUUGUACCUGUGGAUGGUCAAGUGCCCCAGUGGUCCGUCUGUGAAAUUCUUAGUCAAUGCUGUGCACACAAUGGAAGAAUUGAAGCUUACAGGAAAUCAUCUGAAAGGGUCAAGACCCCUCUUGACUUUCUCAGCUAAUUUUGAUAAAGAUGCCCACUGGAAACUCCUGAAGGAGAUGAUCAUUCAGAUAUUUGGAACCCCAAAGGAUCACAGGAAAUCUAAGCCUUUUUAUGACCAUGUCUUUGUUUUCUCCAUUGUUGAUGACCAUAUAUGGUUUCGGAAUUACCAGAUAUCUGUUCCUCAUAAUGUAACAGAUAAAAUGGCUCGAGGAGGCCUGGAUAAGAUGACCCUUGUUGAGGUUGGUCCAAGAUUUUGCCUGAACCCUAUCAAGAUUUUUGGUGGCAGCUUUGGAGGCCCAACAUUGUAUGAAAAUCCGUUUUUUAUAUCACCUAACCAGAUUCGAGCACUGGAGAAAAAGAAGAAGGCUGGGAAGUUUGCCAAGAAGGUCAAAGCCAAGACGAGGAGGAAGAUGCACGAGCUGUCAAAUCCAUUGGAGCCUGAUGAAUUUGCAGACAUGUGGAAGGAAUGAUGCUCUUCUCGUACCUACGCUGUUGGUGAUAUUAUAUCACCUUGUAUUCUUCAAGAAAAAUUUCUCAUUUUGGUGCUCAUUGGCAUGAUUUUUGUCCCCGCUCUGGAUCAGCUUAUGCAUUUUAACCAGGUUGGUAUUUAUGGCGGACGAUUUUUUCCCAUAUCACAGAGCUUCGACUUGAAAAUUCUUUACACAAUCAUGCGGCAAGUCUUUUACCUUGACUUCUGCUGCGCUUUUCACUUUUCACCCUGCAACUAUGAAGUCGAAACCAGCAAUCAAGAAAUGUUUUUGACAAUUUUAGCUUUCGUUGUUUAGUAGAGAAAUGGAUCAGUAUUUGUUGAACAGAAUGGCUAAUGCCUUUACGUUCAAGUGUGCAAAUUCAGAUUGAUUCUCCAAUUUCAUGACUUGGCGAUAGGGGUUUUACCGAAGAGGUUUGGCUUGGGGGUUUAAAUGCUUCGUGAAAAUGAAAUAAAUAAAUAGAAACGCUCUGCGCACCGAUUGAACACGUAUCACUCUUUCUUAUUGAUUUUUGUACCGAGCGAGAAGAAACCAGACC